CACGUCCCGUUAAGUAGCGGAGAAGAAGAGGAAGAAGGAGGAGGAGGAGACAGAGUACCUACCACGUUAGUUAGCACUUUCUCCUGCUGAGUAGUUCGUUGUUCUUCACACCUGCAGACAAGGAAGCCGGCUCUCAAGAUUUUAUACUAAAAAUGAACGGAAUGGACGAGGAACCAAUGGCCCCACAGACCUUUCUUUACGGUUGUGUGUUGGAAGCGGGAAAGGAUGUGGUGUUCAACCCCGAGGAAGAUGAAUUUGAGCAUCAGCUUGAUUUAAGAAUGGCCUGUGUGGACCCCAGCACGGCGGAUGAACUGCAAAUGGUGGAGGUGGAAGGAACCGACAUGGAGGGUCAGAAAAUCAAGGCAGCGCUGGUCUCCCUGAGGCCCUCCACCCUGCCAAGUGUGUGUCUCGGUGGUUUCACUAUCACACCCCCGGCUACUUUCCGUCUGAAGGCAGGUUCCGGUCCAAUCCACAUCAGUGGACAACACCUCGUCAUGAUGGAGGCCGACCAGGCCUUUGAUGAAGAUGACGAGGAGGAGGAGGAGGAAGAAGAGGAGGAGGAAGAGGUGGAAGAUGUCAAGACGUCAAAGAAGCGACCUGCUAACUCCCCUGCGCUGAAGUCUCAGAAAAAAAUGAAGAUGGAGAUGGAUGAUGACGAUGAUGAUGAGGAUGAUGAAGAUGACGAUGGCAGCGAGGAAGAAGAGUCCCCUGUUAAGGCCAAGGUGACCCCGUCCAAACAUCAGAACGGCAAGAGUCCAAAGCCCAACACUCCUGCUAAAAAGCAGGAAAAGACCCCCAAAGGUAAAGGGGAAAGGACGCCCAAAACCCCAACAACUCCCAAAACCAUCCCAACAAUCCCUGAGCUGAAAAGCAAGAUGAUGGAGUCAGUGAAGAAGGGAGUCGUAUUACCUAAAGUCCAGGCCAAGUUUGAGAACUUUGUGAAGAACGGUCUUAAUGUCGCGGACACCAAGAUCAUUGCAGACCUGUGGAAGUGGAGGCAGACGGUGAAGGAUACUAAAUAAGUCUCAGUAUUUAUUAUUUUACUUAUUGUGUUUAUACCCAUUUACUCCCCUCAAGCCCUCUGAAACCAAACUCAGUGCCUCACGCGUGUCUCUAAGCGUCGUCCAGCUCCAUUUCCUGUGAUGUGGAUGCUGACGGUGCGUUAUGAUGGUGCAUUGUCUUUCUAUCACACACACACAAAUUUGCAUCUUUGUAAAUGUGUAAAUAUAAUCCUGGCGAGAUUGUUGGCACCCGAGUGUGGAGGAUACUUGAUUUUCUUUAUUUAAAUUUACAGUCAAUGCAUCCAAUCAUACACCAUAAUAGAAUCCAAGCAGCGAAAAACAAUUCCUAUUCAACAGCCAGGAAAACAGAUGUUAGCCAUCCUGUCAGUUUUGAUUAGGCUGUUGUUAUUGCUUCCUAUUUCUACAGCCCAACAUGAACAUAAAAAUCUAGCACUUUUUGAAAUGCUUUGAAUGCUUAUGCUAAUGUGAGAUUACCCAAGAUUACAAACGUACACCGGAAUUAAAAUGUUGCUUAUUUAAUGUGUUACCGUCCAUUACUUAUCAACCAUUUGCGAUUAAGCAGCAACCUGCGCUAAUGAAGCAUCCCAGACAUGUAUCGCUUCCUGGAGAUGAGUUUCGGGUCUCUGUAUUACUGUGACUAGCUGAGUACUUGCUGAGUGACUGAACGCAUGGAGAAAUGUGCAGAAUAUCUUUUAAUCCUUUUACUCCAAACAAGGCACCGAUAACUUAAUGUUCUAAGACCUACUCGCAUGUAUUAAAGUUUAAAGAGUCCCAAUGUUCCGUGCUUGUGUGGGCUGUUAAAGUCAUGUUACAAUUGUUUAUGUUGAUGCAUGAGGCUUGUUAGAGCAGUACGUCAUUCCAUGAUCUGAAGAAGCAAGUGUACGUCUGUAUGAGUAAAAAUAUGCUGUGAGAGUUGGUGAAUUUAAAAGAAUAUUGUAAGUGUU